AUGCGCCAGUACAAGGAGGCGUUCGAGAAGCACGACAAGGAGGGCGUGGCCGGCUUCUACGACGAGGUGCGCGCCGGGUUCUCCACGAUCCCCGCCGACGCGGUGCUCCCGCACGUGAUCGUCGCCGCCGCGCUCAAGGGCGAGCACGACGAGUCGGCGGAGCUCCAGUGGCGCCGCAUGGUCUCCUCCCUCGCCUCGGAGGGCCGCCUCACCAACUGCAUCGCCAUGUGCGCGCUGUCCGGCUGCACGUCGGACAAGCCGCCCGCCGCGGCCGCCAUCGCGCUGGGGCUGCUCAUCUCGGAGCUCAGCCAGGACCCCUGGAAGGGGCGCGUCAUCACCUUCGACGCCGCCCACCAGCUGCACAAGGUGCGCGGCGCGUCGCUGGUGGAGAAGCUGCGCCCGCUCGCCGCCGUGACCCCGCGGCGCGGCGCCAACCUGCAGGCGGUGUUCAGCAAGAUCCUGAACGUGGCGGUGGCGGGCGCGCUGGCCAAGGACCAGAUGGUGCGGCGCGUCUUCGUGCUGAGCGACAUGGAGUUCGACGGGUGGACGGGCGGCGAGGCGUGGGUGUCGGAGCACGAGGCCAUCCGCAAGCGCUUCGCCGCCGAGGGCUUCGCCGCGCCCGAGGUGGUGUUCUGGAACGUGGGGAGCACGUCCAAGGCGGCGGCGUCGCCGGUGGUGGCCGCGCAGGCCGGCGUGGCGCUGGUCAGCGGCUACUCCAAGAACCUGGUGCGCCUCUUCCUGGAGGCCGACGGCGUGCUCACCCCCUCCGCCAUCAUGGCCGACGCCAUCUCCGGCCCCGACUACGACGCCCUCCACGUGCUCGACUGA